AUGGGCAACCUCAAGAUACUCAGGUCUCUUGUUUGCUGGGCUUAUGUCUGGUUGGCCUGUACUGCAGUGUCAUUACCAGUGGAUGCUGAUGGCGCACAAGUCUCACAGUCCAUAAACACGACCCUUCUCACCGGCGACGAAAAUAUCCCCAGCGAUUUCAAACUCCUUCUAACCAUAUAUGACAGUGACAUCAACGUAAUCUCCUUCUAUCUCAACUCGAUUGACGCAAUCAUCGUACUCUCACAGCGAUCAUGCUACAGUUCCACAGACGGCUACCACCUUUUCGAUUUACCCCCUUACAUGAGCUUCCAAGCUUCAACAACAAUUUACCCACAUCUGAUCAAUUGCCAUAUCAUAUGGGCUACACAGCGUCUCGUGUCUAUUUUCUUUGGUAGUGGUGGUAGUGGGCAGUACAAGGAAGCGGCGGGACAGAUGCGGAUUCUGCAGCAAAAGCGCGCGGCCGUCGUGGGUACAUUUUCGCUUAGGCAAAGUAAUGGAGUCGUGGAUAGCCUCAGUUCAGGUGGAACCUCCUCAAAGAAUGAGACGAUUGUUGCGAGGCAGACUGCUUUAGAGUCGAGACAAACCGGAAGCGAUGGGACGGGAGCUAUUGAUUCACCAGGUGUUGACUCUGGUUUCGGUUUUGAUGUUGAAUGGAUUGAAGGUGCAAAAACUCUAGGCUCGAUCAAGGUGUUUGUGUCGGUUGUGAGAGCACUAGCAAGAAUAGCAGUGGAAGAUGCGGCUGCGAGUUGUUCUGCAUUUGACUAUGAAGAUUCGGAGACGGAGGUGUAUAUUGGCAUGAGGGAACAGUCUCCGAGUGCAGGUCGUGUCUUCUAUGGUGACGUGUCGAUUAGUCUUCAAAAGUUGGUCAUUGCGAUGAUUGAUAAAAAGAGGUUCGCGGAGGUACAAGUGACCUUGUUCAAAAUGAAUCCCAGAAGAGUCAAUUACGGGAUUGUUACGAUCUUGAAGAGUCGGGCUGGUACCACCAUACAAUCUGUUGAUAAUGAUGAUGGCUUAGGAACGGCAUGGUGA